UAUAUCAUCUCUGAAUAAAAAGAAAAAUAUUAGAGAAUCGGGGCAAAACAUCUCGGAAAGUUAUUAUUGCUUAUUUACAUAACGAGCAUGAUUAUUUUUUAAUAAAAUCGUAUAGUUUUAUAUUUUUCGUAAUAUAAAAUUUAUGGCCAUUUAAUUUCUAUUAUUUCCACUAUCGAAAAAGUUCUGGGAAAAAGUUAAAAUAGCAAAUCUAAUCUGCGAAAAAAAUCUGAAACGUUGAAAAAAGAAAGUUUAACCUGUCAUCUCUAUGAGAGAGGGAGAGAAUGUGAGCAAGAGAACAACAAACCAAACAGAAACAGAAGACGAAAUAAAUUGAAAACAAAGCAAGUCAAGUCGAUUGAAUGAAAUAGGCAAAAAGAAGUGGUGAAACAAGAUCUAUUUGUCUUUCGACACAGAUUAGAAAAAGAAUUCCAAGUUGUUUUUUUUUUAUUAAAUUCCAAUUUAUAUGCAUAAGACAUAACCAGCCAAACGAAGAACGAAUAAUAGAUGUGAACAAGAAGAAAAAGAAAAUCGGCAAACAAAAGACAACACAUUUGGAAAUUGAUGUUGUAUUGGAGAUAUAGGGAAUUAUUGCCAGAGACUACAAGCCGUGUCACACAGCAAGGGCCAGCCACAACAGUCUGGGCCGAGGAGCGCAGCGGAGCAGCGUAAAAACAGAUUGACAGUCGCAGCGCAAAUUGUAAACGUAGCAGUCAGUCAGUCAUUGAGUGGAAGAGGUAGAAGCAAAGCUAAAAAAUACAUAUAUUUGUGGUGUGAAUGCAAGCAGCGCGAAGUUGCGAAACAACAAUAACUACGACAACGACGACGACGAAUAAGAAGUGGCACAAGACAAUCCGACAGAGUGGUACACAAGAAGUGGAGAGACGUGUUCUUGGGUUCCCGUUGUAGUCCCAAUUUUCCAAACAGACUGCUGUUCUCUCUGUGUAUUGUGCAGCGGCGGUGGCGAAGUAGCCAGCCACAAAAAAGGGGAUCCCACGAUCAUCAUCAUUAUUGUACACUCCCUCUGCUAGACCCCCAAACCAAUGUUCGUGUGUCUCACACCUUUCCUCCUGAUCGAGUAAAACGAUUCAAAAUCUACGUUCGUGUGUGCGUCUGUAUGAGUGAGAGUGAGGUGUGUGCUUAGAGUUUUUGGUUUUUACUAUCGCUGCUGCUGCUGAUGUUUACGGAAGUUAUAGCCGCUGUCUUGUAGUGGAUCACUGUUUCUAUUAAGGGAAAAGAAGUGUCUUGUUUUGUUGUUUGCAUUUGUUGCUGCAUCACCCGCAAAAGGCGGAAGAGGAAGCCGUAGCUGCCAAUUGUUGCAGCAACCACCAGCACCACCACCAAAGGAGGAGGCAGUCAUACUUGUCAAGUCGAGUGCAGCGUUAGACAGACAACACAUUGCCACCGACAUCAUUUUCUGCCCACCAUGUCGUGGACAGAGCAAAAGGUCGAUCCGGAGUUAAUCUUCACAAAACAAGAACGUAUCGGCAAAGGAUCAUUUGGCGAAGUUUUCAAAGGCAUCGAUAAUCGUACUCAACAGGUGGUUGCCAUAAAAAUAAUUGACUUGGAAGAGGCUGAAGAUGAAAUCGAAGACAUACAACAAGAGAUUAUGGUGUUGUCGCAGUGCGACUCACCAUUUGUUACCAAAUACUUUGGCUCCUUUCUCAAAGGAACCAAACUAUGGAUUAUCAUGGAGUAUUUGGGCGGUGGUUCGGCAUUGGAUCUAAUGAAGGCGGGUUCUUUCGAAGAAAUGCACAUAGCCAUAAUAUUACGUGAAGUUCUCAAAGGUCUGGACUAUUUGCAUUCAGAGAGGAAACUACAUCGUGAUAUUAAAGCUGCCAAUGUUUUGUUGAGCGAAAUGGGCGAUGUAAAGCUGGCUGAUUUCGGUGUUGCCGGUCAGUUGACGAAUACCACAUCAAAGCGCAACACAUUUGUGGGUACACCAUUUUGGAUGGCACCAGAGGUCAUUAAACAGUCCAUGUAUGAUUCCAAAGCUGACAUUUGGUCGCUGGGCAUAACGGCCAUUGAGUUGGCCAAAGGUGAACCGCCCAACUCUGAAUUGCAUCCUAUGCGUGUCUUAUUCCUUAUACCCAAAAACAAUCCGCCACAAUUGACGGGAAACUAUACGAAAUCUUUUAAAGAUUUUGUUGAAGCGUGCCUUAACAAGGAUCCCGAGAAUCGUCCUACUGCAAAGGAAUUACUCAAGUAUCCUUUUAUUAAAAAAGCUAAGAAAAAUUCGUACCUUAUCGAUCUGAUAGACCGUUACAAGAAGUGGAAGCUUCAAAAGGGUGAUGAAAGUGAAACAGAAUCCGAAAAUUCUGAUUCUGAUGACUCCAAACCGGGUUGCAAUAAUGAUGAACCGUGGAUUAUGACUGUAAAAGGGGCUCAUUUCGGCAGUGAAGCCACUUCCCCACACAAGGCAAUAACUAGCAACCAUUUCAAUAGACUGGAAGAACAUGAACUGAAAAUGGAUAAACUGGCCCAGGGUAUGGACACAUUGACGCCCCUGUCGCAUCAUGGCAGCAAGCAUCAUUCCCAAAUAGGCGCCUCCUCUUCCUCCUCCACCUCAUCCUCCGUUCAAUCAACGUCUCAAAAUAAGCGUGACAGCAUGGUGGCAACGUCCGCCUCGGCCUCGUCAUCUGCAGUCGCUUCCGGCCCGUCUUCAUCGGUCACAACGAUUACGUCCUCUAAUGCGGCAGCUUCGAUCAAUACACGUGGUGAUCACACGAAUCAUCACCUUCUCCACCACCCAGCACAGCAUUCCCAUCAUCAAAUAUCAAACAAUAGCUCCUCCUCUGCUUCCUCGUCGUCAUCACCGUUGUCGUCCAAUGCCAACACUUCCUCGCAACACAAGCAGUUAAUGUCCUCAACUGGCAAUUUGUUGGAAAGUUCCAGCAAGGCGGGUAUAAUGUCAAGCUCUUCGAGCACUAACUUUAAAGACCAGCAAAAGGUUAAUUUGCGGCCAACCCGUACCACAUCCCUGGAUGCAGAUAUUGAAAGGCGAACUUCGUUACAGUUAAUGGAUCAUGGCAAGCAGCAGCAACAACACCGAGAAGACGAUGAGGAGAGAUCUCUGCGGCGCAGUACUAUGGCAGCUUCUAUUUCCUCAGUGGCUGUAACACCAUCCAGCAGCAGUGGAGGCGGUGGUGGUCAUAUGUUAGCCACUAGUAGUAGCAUGGGCAAUGUCUACAAUGGCAAUUCCCAUGCAACGUCGGCCGAUUUUAUAAACCAUGAGUCGGCAUCUCUUUCCCCCACAUCAUCUAAUGCCAAUCAUAAGAGCAAUUCUUCGUCGAAUCAUGGUGUCGGCAGCACUAGCGGUGGUGGUCGUGUGGCACAUACCAACAGUGCCUGCCUUAAUAAUUUUCUCUUUCCUAUACUCACUGAUAUUCAACGUAAAUAUAGCAGUAAUUCCAGCAAGAAUAUGAAUGUAUUGGAUAUAGGCGAUUUAAAAUCGGUAUUUGAAUUGGCCGAACGCAGUCGCCCUGGUGUAAGUGACCUGUUUCUAAAAGAAAUCAUACAUAAACUUGUACCGGGAUAUUCGGAAACACGCAUCAACAAUAUUAUGGAUAGAGCAAUUAGAAACAAGAAAUAGGUUAUAUGACCCUGCGACGCCCAGGUCCGGUUUUGUUGUGGAAUUUUAUUAUGUUAUUCCUGCUUAACGUGUUUUUAUUAUUAUAAUAUUUUUUUAAUUGUAUUAUUAUUUUUAUUAUUAUUCGUUCUUCACGAUGAUGUUAUGUUAUCUUUCUUUUCUUUUCUACCAUACUUCCACUUUGAUAGUUCCCCCCUGCGUAUUGUAUGUAAAAUUAAAUUAAUACAAAAAGAAAAAAAAUAAGCACGGAAAACUAAACAAAACAAAUCGCAUGUGCAAAACUGCAAAAUUUGCUGCAGUAAAACGGCAAAUAACUACAAUAACUAAAGAAAUUAAUCCAACAAUCAACCAAUCUCCAAAAAAAUUACUAGAAAAUCAGAAAAAAAACACCACAACAACUACAAUAAUAUAAAUAACCCAUGAACACACUCUUAUCACAGAUAAGUCAACAACAUUGGAUUACCAACAAACCACAAGGAGAGUUCAAAUGGACUAGAUAAACCUUCAGCAACAAGCGAUUGAUAAAGAUAACAUUUUUUUUCAAAUUGCUGUACAACAUUUUCCCUUUGUGUUUUGUAAUAUACAGGUAGUAACAAUAAACUAUUAAAAAUUACAAAAGCAAAGGUAUGUUUGCGAACAACAACAUAAACUUCACCGUCUCUCAGUGCGUACAACGUUAGCUUGGUAAAUCUGAAAACAAACACACUCACACAAAUUCAGAUGACACGGACACCCGAAGAAUUGUUUGAUCUAAAUCCGAUAAUUUUGGAAAUUAUUUGUAUGUAGUUAAAAUUCUAAAAACAAAGAAAUAAAUAAAGAACAAAACAAAACUGA